UAGACUGUAGCCUCUAGCUUCGUGUUGAACCUUUUAUGUCUAACAAUGGAAGAAGUAAAGCUACUAGGAUUCUGGCCAAGCCCAUAUAGUCACAGAGUCAUAUGGGCUCUGAAACUCAAGGGUGUGGAUUAUGAUUACAUAGAAGAAGAUAUUUCCAACAAGAGUCAAUUGCUUUUGGAGUACAAUCCAGUUUACAAGAAGAUUCCUGUUAUUGUUCAUCGAGGCAAACCCAUUGCUGAGUCCUUUGUCAUCCUUGAAUACAUUGAAGAAACAUGGCCACAUAAUCCAUUAUUGCCAAAAGAUGCUUUUGAAAGAGCCUUGGCUAGAUUUUGGAUCAAAUUUGGAGCAGAAAAGGUGGAUCCCGUUUGUGGUUCAUUCUUUACCAGCACUGCCGGUGGAGAAGAGGGAGAAAAGGCAGCGAAAGAAGCACUAGAAGUGAUGAAAAUCUUGGAAGAGCAAGCCCUUGGGAACAACAAGUUCUUUGGGGGAGAGACCAUAAACAUGGUAGACAUAGCACAUGGAUGGAUAGCUCAUUGGAUGGAAUGCAUAGAGGAAUUGGUGGGAGUGAAAUUGAUUCAACCCACUACUUUGCCUCGUUUGUAUGCUUGGGUUCAGAAUUUCAAGCAAGUUCCUGUUAUUAACGGAAACCUUCCUGACCGGCAGAGAUUGUUGGCUCAUUUGAAAUCCGUAAGAGAGAUGGUCAUGUCGACCAAUCCUUAAUAUAUAGACUCAUGUUGUUGCCUUGUUUGAAUUAAGAUAGUGUGGGGCUUUAGUUUGAAAAGACACGACUUUGAUCCUACUUUGUAUAUAAACAGUGCUUGUAAUAUUUAAUAGCUCUAUUCAUAUUUCUAGUGACUAUUACUAUAUACAUUAGAGUAAUUUUGAAUUCA